CGCGUCGGAGCAGAGGCCUCGGCCGUCCUUCGGGCGCCAUCCGGAAAGUCUCGAAUGCGCGCCCGCUCCGCGGCUCCCGAGCCCGGGUUCGGCCAUUUCCGGCCCGCGCGCUUCGGCAAGUUCCGCAGUCACUUGUCGGAAAUGGCUGGCCGCCGGCAGGGGGAGCGGGGGAUCCGGCGCGGCCUGGAAGGCGGGCAGCGGGCGAUCGGAGCGGCUUUUGGGAGCCCGAGUUUCGCACAGCCGGCGGCUGCGGCUCGUUCCUGAACUGAAAGCCGGUAGGACAACUGGCGGCCGCGGCGGAAGCUGGAGCCCAGAGAAGCCGGGGGCGGAUGCUCUGAAGGGGCUCGCGGACAGCAAGACCUGGAGUUUACUAUGUCAAGAAAUUACAUGCUAAAAUGUAACGCAACAUGAGCCAGAGAAAGGAAGGAUCCUGAAACUUGUGGCCUGAUUGUGGGCGAUGACAUCGACAACAGGCUGGUGUUUAUUUCCGUCCUAACUAGCUACUUUAUAACUGUGAAUAGUGACUAUGCAUAGUUGUUGGUCAGCAAAACCAAGGAACAAGAGCUAUGGCCGUUGAAAAAGUCUGUCCGAUUCCAGGAUGUGUUUCCUGGGGUUCUGCAUCAGGGACUUCCUCCUUUUCAUCUCAUCAGCUAUGUGGUACCUUUUACCAUUUGACAAAGAUUAAGGACAUGUUCUUUGAUCAACAACCAGAACUUAACAUCUGCUGGAAUAGGGUCAGAGACCAUUUCAAUUACAGCUGAGAAAAAUGAAAUUUCCAUUUUAUUUGGUGCCUUGUACAGGGAGCACACUCACUCUUAUGGAAAUGUGUGAGUAAAAAGAGAUUGAGUUUUGUCUAAUACAAACUCACGGUUAUGGCGAGUGACCCAACGUGAUCAGAGGGGGCAGGAGCCACAGAGGAACUCAUGACAGGUUAUACCAUGUUGCGGAAUGGGGGAGUGGGGAAUGGAGGUCAAACCUGGAUGUUACGGUGGUCCAAUCGUAUCCGACUCACGUGGCUCAGUUUUACACUCUUCAUCAUUCUGGUUUUCUUCCCUCUCAUUGCUCACUAUUAUCUCACCACUCUGGAUGAGGCUGAUGAGGCCGGCAAACGGAUUUUUGGCCCACGGGCUGGUAACGAGCUAUGCGAGGUAAAGCACGUGCUGGAUCUCUGCCGAAUUCGUGAGUCUGUAAGUGAAGAGCUCUUGCAGCUGGAAGCCAAGAGGCAAGAGCUGAACAGUGAAAUUGCCAAGCUGAACUUGAAGAUCGAAGCCUGUAAGAAGAGUAUUGAGAAUGCCAAACAGGACCUCCUUCAGCUUAAGAAUGUCAUUAGCCAGACUGAGCAUUCUUACAAGGAGCUAAUGGCCCAAAAUCAGCCCAAACUUUCUCUGCCCAUCCGAUUGCUCCCAGAGAAGGAUGACGCUGGCCUUCCUCCCCCAAAGGUCUUACGAGGUUGCCGGCUGCACAAUUGUUUUGAUUAUUCUCGCUGCCCUCUCACCUCUGGAUUUCCAGUCUAUGUUUAUGACAGUGACCAGUUUGCCUUUGGCAGCUACCUGGAUCCCUUGGUCAAGCAGGCUUUUCAGGCCACAGUACGGGCCAACGUCUAUGUUACGGAAAAUGCGGACAUUGCCUGCCUCUACGUGGUGUUGGUGGGAGAGAUGCAGGAGCCAGUAGUUCUGCGGCCUGCUGAACUGGAGAAGCAGCUUUAUUCUCUACCACACUGGCGGACAGAUGGACACAACCAUGUCGUCAUCAGCCUGUCGCGGAAGUCAGACACACAGAACUUACUGUAUAAUGUCAGUACAGGCCGUGCCAUGGUGGCCCAGUCCACGUUCUACGCUGCCCAGUACAGACCUGGCUUUGACUUGGUAGUAUCGCCACUAGUCCAUGCCAUGUCGGAGCCCAACUUCAUGGAAAUCCCACCACAGGUGCCAGUUAAGCGCAAAUAUCUCUUCACCUUCCAGGGUGAGAAGAUUGAAUCACUGAGAUCCAGCCUUCAGGAGGCCCGCUCCUUUGAAGAAGAAAUGGAGGGUGACCCCCCGGCUGACUAUGAUGAUCGUAUCAUUGCCACCCUAAAGGCUGUGCAGGACAGCAAGCUGGAUCAGGUCCUGGUAGAAUUUACCUGCAAAAACCAGCCUAAACCCAGUCUGCCUACUGAGUGGGCACUGUGUGGGGAGCGGGAAGACCGCUUGGAGUUACUGAAGCUUUCCACCUUUGCCCUCAUUAUCACUCCCGGGGAUCCUCACUUGGUGAUAUCAUCCGGGUGUGCAACACGGCUCUUCGAAGCCCUGGAGGUCGGUGCUGUCCCAGUUGUGCUGGGGGAGCAAGUACAGCUUCCUUACCAGGACAUGCUGCAGUGGAAUGAGGCAGCCCUGGUGGUGCCCAAGCCACGUGUUACCGAGGUCCACUUCCUGUUACGAAGUCUCUCGGACAGUGACCUGCUGGCUAUGAGGCGGCAAGGCCGCUUUCUCUGGGAGACUUACUUCUCGACUGCUGACAGUAUUUUCAGUACCGUGCUGGCUAUGAUUAGGACUCGCAUACAGAUCCCAGCCGCUCCCAUCCGGGAAGAGGCGGCAGCUGAGAUCCCCCACCGGUCAGGCAAGGCGGCUGGGACUGACCCCAACAUGGCUGACAAUGGGGACCUGGACCUGGGGCCGGUGGAGACUGAGCCUCCGUACGCCUCACCCAAAUACCUCCGCAACUUUACUUUGACUGUCACUGACUUUUACCGCAGCUGGAACUCUGCCCCAGGGCCUUUCCAUCUUUUCCCCCACACACCCUUUGACCCGGUGUUACCCUCUGAGGCCAAAUUCUUGGGCUCAGGGACUGGCUUUCGGCCGAUUGGUGGCGGAGCUGGGGGUUCCGGCAAGGAGUUUCAGGCGGCACUUGGAGGCAACGUUCCACGGGAGCAGUUCACAGUGGUGAUGUUGACUUACGAGCGGGAGGAAGUGCUGAUGAACUCUUUAGAGAGAUUGAAUGGCCUCCCUUACCUGAACAAGGUAGUGGUGGUGUGGAAUUCUCCCAAGCUACCGUCAGAAGACCUUCUGUGGCCUGACAUUGGCGUCCCCAUCAUGGUGGUGCGCACUGAGAAGAACAGCUUGAAUAAUCGAUUCUUGCCCUGGAAUGAGAUCGAGACAGAGGCCAUCCUGUCUAUUGAUGACGAUGCCCACCUCCGCCAUGACGAGAUCAUGUUUGGGUUUCGGGUGUGGAGGGAAGCACGGGACCGCAUCGUGGGUUUUCCUGGCCGGUACCAUGCGUGGGACAUCCCUCACCAGUCCUGGCUCUACAACUCCAACUACUCCUGUGAGCUGUCCAUGGUGCUGACAGGCGCUGCCUUCUUUCACAAGUAUUAUGCCUACCUGUAUUCUUACGUGAUGCCCCAGGCCAUCCGAGAUAUGGUGGAUGAGUACAUCAACUGUGAGGACAUCGCCAUGAACUUCCUUGUCUCCCACAUCACUCGGAAACCCCCCAUCAAGGUGACCUCACGGUGGACUUUCCGAUGCCCAGGAUGCCCUCAAGCCCUGUCCCACGACGAUUCCCACUUUCACGAGCGGCACAAAUGUAUCAACUUCUUUGUCAAGGUGUACGGCUACAUGCCCCUGCUGUACACUCAGUUCAGGGUGGACUCUGUGCUCUUCAAGACCCGCCUGCCCCACGACAAGACCAAGUGCUUCAAGUUCAUCUAGGGGCACGGCCGGUUCUGGGGAGAGGAGGAGCAGAGUGGGGGGCGGGUGCUCCUAAGGUUCCUGAUCACUGAAGGACCUCAGGGACGCCCACCGCGUGGGUGGCCCAGACCCUCCGCUAGGAGAGGCGGCAGGAAGAGCGGAAAGGAAGUGGCUGCCUUUCCCUACAAGCUGGCCACACUGGGCCUGGAACCCUGGCCAGAGGGUGCUGGGGUCCCCACACAGGGCACUGGCUGAUAGCUGACACUGAGGGUUGGGGGCUCCGGACAGUCACUCACACGGCUCAUGAGCCCAGGACCGCUGGCUUGUGGUUUUUAAAUUCAGUAACAACUAUUAUUAUUUAAAAAGAAAAAGUUUCAGAUUUGCCAUUCAAGGUUUAUUUAUAUAUGUGUGCAUAUAUAUGUGUGUAUAUAUAUGCACACACACUCACAUAUACAUAUAUAUAUAUAUAUUUGGGGGAAUUUGAAAUUUCUGCCUAUCAUGGAAUGAGGGGCCACCGAAGCCCCUGAUGCUCUCUCUGUCUUUGGUGGAGCUGGAUCCUGGCCCUGUGGUAUUCAGCUCGUCCUUCCCUGUCACCUCCACCCUCCCCAGGGCGUCUCUGUGCAGAAAGCAGGAAGGACCGGGCUGGACCUCUCAUGGGGGCCUGGGCGGGAUAAAGCCUGUGGGUUUGUUCCUUCCUCUGAUCCGCCGCCAGCCGGCGAUCUGUACCUCACGUGUCCUCUCCGGGGUCCCCGGGGGACCUGCGUCUUUGGGACGGUUUAGCUUCCUUGGGCGGGGUCAGUGGUGUCUGAGGAGUCGUCGUCAGGUCCUGCGUCCAGGACUUGUCCCUGCUGUCCAGCCCUCCCCGCUGGAGCCAGAGGGAGGGAGGAAGGAGGCCCACAGGCAGCACUCCCACAGGCUCUUUCUGCUCAGCCCUCCCAAACGGGCUUCGUCCCUCGUAGACGAGAAUGGACACCUGGCAGGCUGCCCUCCCAGGGGUGGUCUUAAGUGGUUUGCAGGUCGGCUUUCUCUCCGGGAUGGGGAACAGGCGAGCAUCCUCUGCGCCUCCUGACCCGGCUGGCCGGCGGGUCUUACACAAGGCACCUGCCUUGGCCUGAAUACCUUGGUGAAAUUCACCUUCCCUUCCACCUUUGUCUGGACCUGCACCGUGUGUUACCUGUCGUUCUUGGGUCCCUAAUGCCUGGUUGGUGCCAGGACCCCCUGAGGUUGGGUGUGUGCCAGAAGAGUGGGAGGGCGGGACCUGCUGUGUGCAGCUCAGAUGCAGCCCGACCGUUUCACAGGCAUUUUCACCCCAUGUUACCUCUCGGGCUUCAGCUUCUAUUUCCUGGGCUGAAAUGGAAUUAGGCUCGUUUUUCUUUUGGUGGUGGUGGCAGUAGGAGAACCGAAGAGGGUGUCAGUGGCGUGUGGCAGGGAUGUAGCCCAUGACCUCCACCAUUUUUCUGGACCCCACUUCCUUCCAGCGAAGCUGAGUGUGGCUGGUUUUCUGCAGCUGGACAGAAGCUCAGGUCUGCCCCGGUCAUGCACUUGCCUUAAGCCAGUUCCGUCUUCCCCAGACCCGGCACCCUGUGCUUCUGUUUCUCGGGGGCACGUUCUCCUGCGACCUGCCCGUUCCAGUGGCUCUCUUCCAGUGUCAUUUUGAAGCCAGGCUCUGUCCUGCAGAUCCUGCCCAGCUGCAGGGCUCACCUGGCUGCAGGGCCGCGCCCAGGACCUGUGGGCCUCCUGUGGUGCACACUGGCAUCUCCGGUAGCCCUCCUGCCGAGGCAGCCGCCUGGGAAAUGGAGUUGUGCUUCCCGGCAACGGGGCCCAGACUCCCUGCAUCUCAACUUUCUAACACCCUGUCCUUGACUUCUGAUUUCCUUCUUUUUAGCAGUAGCCUUCUUCCCUCCGGGAAGCCAAAGAGUGUGGUGUUUUGAGCUAUGUAUGUGGCUGCUAUUUUUAUCUUAUUUUCAUGUGAGGAACUCAUGAACUGCCCUUCAGAGGGACCUGGUGAGGAAGGAGUGGUCUUUGUCCAGACCCCUGUAGUGGAGCCAGAUCAUCGCGUCCCGAAUGCUGCUGGCAGACCGAGGAGUAGCAGCAUGGUCUGAGGUUACGGAGGGCGUCAGCGUGUGCUGUGGGGAAGGUUGGGCUGCAGACAAGGACAGCACUACGUGGGCCUGAAUGGACACGGACACAAAGGACCCCAAACAGCAGGCUGUGGUGGACACUUCACGGAAACAGCCGUGUUCUUAAAGGACACUCCUGGAAGCAGGAAUCAGGGCAGUCAGAUCUUUGAGGUUGGGGUUAGGAGCUCUUGGAGCAUGGCCCCUGGGUUUUGCAAGAUGGCUUGGGGCCAGGCCCAGCUCUGUGCUAAGAAUGCCUUUGAUGCUGAUCACUCACCUUGGGAUCCCAGAUGCCACCUACGUAGUGGAACACGAAAACAGCUCUGAUGAUUCACCAGGGUUUCGUUGGCCGUCCGAAGGUAGCACCUGGUUACCUGGUCUCUGCUCCCAGGGCCGAUGUCUUUGCUUUCCAGCUGGUUGGUCAGCUCUUCCCCGUGAGAGGCAUCCCUCUAAGUGAGCGCCUCUCAAGGUGCUUGGCAGGCCAUUCUGAGCUCCUGUACCUCGGGCAGUGUCCUGUGUGCAGCCGAGUCUCCAGCAGGGCCUGCACCCCAAGCCAGUGGGGCCCUGCCUGCAGGGAUAGGGCGGCCGAGUCUCCCGGAGCUGCCUGCUAUGUGCUCAGGGAGCUUGGGGUUGAAAUGAUGGGGUCACCAAGGGGGAAGCCCUCCGACAUCCCCACCAUGUCCACCUCCCCACCCCUUGCCAGUCCUGAGCACAAUGGUCUGACAUUGGACUUUUGUAAAAAAGAAAAAAAAA